CCUCUCUCUUUUCUGCCGUUUCCUCGCUGGCUUUUUAAAACAAUGCAACUGCAAGAAUGGAAGAGGGUAGGCAGGGUGAGGCUGAGCGGCGACAAUCUUGAAUCGCGCGCGUGUAGAGAGAUUAGGGCAAAGGACAGCUUUCGCUUCUCUCAUGAUGGCGGCUCUGCUGGUGGAGGAGCCGAAAAGAGCGAGGCGCUGCAGCGGCGGUGAUUUUAACGCUCUAAAAAGUUUCCUCUCCUCUUCCUAGGGAAGGGGGGGGGGGAAAGGAGGAGGUGGAGGUACGAAGACCUUUUUGUAGCUCCAGAGUUCUGUAGGUACCUGGCUAAGAAGUGGAACUCCAAAGACAUCUAUCAGACUGGAAUGUUGGGUUCAUUUUGCAAGAAUUCGGAAUUGGGAAAGAUCAUCUGAAUUUGUUCUGGACAGUUGUUAGAAGGAUAUAUAGAAAUUGUGCUCCAAUACUUUCCUUCUAACUAAUCACUAUGAAUGUGACAAGUUUGUUCUCCUUUACAAGCCCAGCUGUUAAAAGACUGCUGGGUUGGAAGCAAGGGGAUGAAGAGGAAAAAUGGGCAGAGAAAGCUGUUGAUGCCUUAGUUAAAAAACUUAAGAAGAAAAAAGGAGCAAUGGAAGAGUUGGAAAAAGCAUUAAGUUGUCCUGGUCAGCCAAGCAACUGUGUUACAAUUCCUCGUUCCUUAGAUGGCAGACUUCAGGUUUCUCAUCGCAAGGGGCUUCCCCAUGUAAUUUAUUGUCGUGUGUGGCGCUGGCCUGAUCUUCAGAGCCAUCAUGAACUUAAACCAUUGGAAUGCUGUGAGUUUCCCUUUGGUUCAAAACAGAAGGAAGUCUGCAUCAAUCCCUAUCAUUACAAACGAGUGGAAAGCCCAGUUCUUCCUCCUGUGCUUGUUCCUAGACACAGUGAAUACAACCCUCAGCACAGUCUCCUGGCUCAAUUUCGCAACUUGGGACAAAACGAGCCUCAUAUGCCACAUAAUGCUACUUUUCCAGACUCUUUCCAGCAACCCAACAGUCAUCCAUUCCCCCAUUCACCAAACAGUAGCUAUCCAAAUUCGCCUGGAAGCAGCAGUGGUACCUACCCUCAUUCACCUGCCAGCUCUGACCCAGGAAGCCCUUUUCAGAUGCCAGCUGAUACUCCCCCUCCUGCUUAUCUACCUCCAGAAGACCAGAUGACCCAGGAUGGUUCACAACCAAUGGAUACCAAUAUGAUGGCACCUUCAAUUCCUUCAGAAAUAAACAGAGGAGGUGACACUUCAUAUUUCAAUUAUGAAAAAUAUGUUCAGGCAGUUGCUUAUGAAGAGCCAAAACAUUGGUGCUCUAUUGUCUAUUACGAACUCAAUAAUCGUGUUGGAGAGGCAUUUCAUGCCUCUUCCACAAGUUUGUUGGUGGAUGGCUUCACUGAUCCCUCAAAUAACAAGAACAGGUUUUGCCUGGGGCUCUUGUCAAAUGUUAACCGGAAUUCUACUAUUGAGAAUACUAGGCGGCAUAUUGGCAAAGGAGUCCAUUUGUAUUAUGUUGGCGGAGAAGUCUAUGCAGAGUGCCUUAGUGACAGUAGUAUAUUUGUGCAAAGUCGAAAUUGCAAUUACCAUCAUGGCUUUCAUCCAACUACCGUCUGCAAAAUUCCGAGUGGCUGCAGCUUAAAAAUUUUCAACAAUCAAGAAUUCGCUCAACUUUUAGCUCAGUCAGUGAACCAUGGUUUUGAAACUGUGUAUGAACUUACUAAGAUGUGCACUAUUCGUAUGAGUUUUGUAAAGGGUUGGGGAGCUGAAUAUCACCGGCAAGAUGUCACAAGCACACCAUGUUGGAUUGAAAUUCAUUUGCAUGGUCCUCUUCAAUGGCUGGAUAAAGUUCUUACACAGAUGGGCUCUCCUCAUAACCCAAUCUCUUCUGUUUCUUAAAAGAAUUCUGAAUUUCAGAAUCUAGUGAGCCUUGCAUGUACUUGAAGGAUGUAUGACUCAGACACAUGUACAAAACUGGCAGCAGCCUUUAUUAUACUUGAUAUCUGUGACCAAUUGUUAGAUCAGGAAGAAAGGUCCUAUUAAAUUACUAAGUUAUUUUUAAAAAUUCAGUUUUCACAAUAGUAAUCUCUUUCCAAUCUUUAGGCAGGGGAUUGUAAAAGCUAGGGAUGGCCAACUUAAUGUCAAUUGAAUAUUGUUCUCAAGCAGUUUUAUUUAACUCACUAACAUCACCAUAUGUGACUCAUUCAUUAUACUUUGUCCUGAAAUGAAUACCCAACAUUGACAGUUAUACUCAAAGGAAAGUUUGCAUUGGUAUUUGAAAGUCUCCAUGAUAGUAGCUAUCUUGGGGAAGAAAGGCUUCUGUGUAAUCUUCUGAAACUGUGUAUUGACCAUACUGCUGCAAGAAUUUUUACAUAUGCUCUCUCCUAAAUGUAUGUACAGUAUAAUUGGAAUUUAGAGAUGGACAAGAAAUUAGAUAGAUGCGGGAAGUGGGUGGGAAAUGAAGCUGAGAAGGACAGGUAGAAUUAUACUGUAAAUGUAAACAUAGCUUGUUAAGACAAGACCAAGUCUUUUUGUGUGCAUUUCACUUUUAAUAGUGGCUUCAUCUUAAUAUUAACCAAUAUUUCUGCCAUCUGCAGCUUCAUAGAGAAAGGGUGGGUCAAUGCUUUUGUUGUGUACUGCACGGUCUGUAGAUUUCAAGACAAAACUGUACAGUCGUUAAAAAAUUGAGCGGUUUUAUGCAGUUCACAUAACAAGCAAUUUUUUCAUUUUGUAAAAUGUUUGUGUUUUACCAACUUAGCAGAUAUUAGCUUAUGUUGGGAGGACUUAACCUAUUCAAGUGUUUGAAACUAAAAGGUUAUUUUUUUUACUAUUUUAAUUGUUUUCUUUCUGCUAAUGUUUUUAUAUUCAUUCAAGCUGUAAUACGUUUUCAGUAUUUUUUUUUAAAUUCCAAAACUUAGGAGGGGGGGGUCGUCCUUAUUGAAGUUCAAAUAAACAUUGCUUACUUUGAUUAAAA